UGAUCUGAUGGCAGGUUUUGCAGUCGAAAACUCAGGUACUGAUAAGUAUAGUGCCAAGUUAACAUGGUUUGUCAUAGUUUCCUCUAUGAUGGCUUCCAUGGGAGGACUCAUUUUUGGCUAUGACAUUGGAAUUUCAGGUUCAAAUCUGAUCCAUCCCUCAUUCGCCAAGUAUGAAGAGAUAUGUUGAUAGUUUAAACGAAUGGUUGAAUUCCAAUAGUACUAGCUAACAAAGGAUCAUUUCACCAUCUAACAUAAUAUAUGGAUAAUGGACCAGAGGUGUUCAUUCGGAUCUAUAUUACUUGGGUUGAUUUCAGGUCACAUGUUUCCGGUCGGUUCAAACUCAGGAUUAUUGUCCACAUUGAGUUUUACAUAAUUUUAAAUUCAUUUUGACGUUGGGUCAAGUCAGAUUCGAUUAUAAGAUCGGAUAAAUAUCGGAUCAUCGAGUCUAUUUUAAACACCUCUAAUGUGGACUAUGUGUAACAAACUUUCAGGUGGAGUCACAUCAAUGGAGCCAUUCAUAAAGAAAUUCUUUCAUAACGUGUAUGUUAAAAUGAAGGAAGACAACAAAGUUAGCAACUAUUGUAAAUUCAAUAGUGAAUUAUUGACUUUAUUCACAUCUUCUCUUUAUGUUGCUGGUCUUUUUGCUUGCUUCUUUGCUUCACCCAUAACCAAAAAAUAUGGCCGCAAGCCAUCUGUCCUGAUUGGAGGUUUAGCAUUUCUUGCUGGUUCAGUCAUUGGAGGUGCUGCCGUUAAUAUUUACAUGCUUAUACUCGGCCGCCUCCUGCUUGGUGUUGGAGUUGGUUUUGCUAACCAGUCUGUACCACUAUAUCUAUCAGAAAUGGCACCUCCAAAGUACAGAGGAGCAUUCAACAACAGCUUCCAACUUAGUGUUGGCAUUGGAGCAUUGACAGCAAACUUAAUCAAUUUUGGUACCGAAGAAAUCAGAGCCGGAUGGGGAUGGAGAGUUUCUCUAGCCUUAGCUGCUGUUCCAGCUUCAUUUCUAAUACUAGGCGCGAUUCUUCUCCCUGAAACACCAAACAGUCUUAUACAAAGAAGCAACACAAACAACAGCGAAAGUAAUGAUCUUCUACAUAAAGCCAAGAUGACAUUACAAAGAGUAAGAGGAACAACUGAAGUCGAUAAAGAAUUUGAGGAUCUGAUAAAUGCGAGUAACAAAAUCGCUAUGUCAGAUAACAAUUCGUUCAAGCAAAUCUUGAAGUGCAAACAUAGACCGCAACUUGUGAUGUCGAUAGCAAUACCAUUUUUCCAACAAGUGACAGGAAUCAAUGUUAUCGCGUUUUAUGCACCAUUAUUAUUCCGAACCUUAGGCUUAGGUGAAAGUGCAUCUCUUCUUUCUUCGGUCAUGACAUGUGUGGUAGGAACAACCUCGACAUUCAUAUCGAUGCUGAUUGUAGACAGAUUUGGUAGACGAGUUUUGUUUAUAUUUGGAGGCGUUCAGAUGUUUAUAUGUCAAAUAGGUGUUGGGAUUAUAAUUGGUACACAAUUAGGAGAUGAAGGUGGAAUAAGUAAAGGGUAUUCUUAUGUGGUUUUGUUGCUAAUAUGUGUUUAUGUGGCUGGUUUUGGAUGGUCUUGGGGUCCAUUAGGAUGGUUAGUUCCAAGUGAAAUAUUUCAAUUAGAGAUAAGAUCAGCAGGACAAAGUAUAAAUGUUGGUGUUAAUUUUGUAUUUACUUUUAUUGUAGCUCAGACCUUUCUAGCUAUGCUUUGUAGCUUUAAAGCUGGGAUUUUCUUUUUCUUUGGUGGGUGGGUUUUGGUUAUGACUGGUUUUGUGUAUUUGUUUUUGCCAGAAACUAAAAAUAUCCCCCUUGAAAAGAUGGAUCAAAUUUGGAGGGAUCAUUGGUUUUGGAGCAAAAUUGUAUGUUGACAUUAUUUGUUAAGAAAUUUAAUUACAAUUUAAGUCGAAUUCGAAGCUUGACACACCCAAAUAUCGGUGAUGUGGUAACAGGAGUGUUGCGGUUAUCGUAAUGCUUAAAUAUCGGUCAAAUCAUAAGAUAUCCUUUGAUACACCCAAAACGCGGUUGACUAACUAACUUUCCCGCAUGAGGAUGUUAGUCUCAAUCUGACUGAAAUGGUCAUCAAGCUUUAUUAGAAAAUAGGUGAUUCUUCGAUUUUGUAGUUGUUUUAAAUUUAUUUUCGUUGUAUCACACUUGCAGCCAUUACAACAACAAAUGGACAAAGAAUCUACAUUGUCAAGCUCAUUCCAUAGAGCUUUAGCCUUAGUAUAAUAAUCGGCUAUGGAUAUUCCAUAUUGAGUAAGAGAAGCAAGAUCGUCUUGUAUAUGAUAGAGUUGUGUAGAAGAGGACUGUCCAAACCUAUCCCCUAAAUUGCUCCAAACAUCCGUAGCAGUGUUAAAGUA